GGAAGCGGGUUUCCGCUGCGAAGUUGGGGGCGCGGGUUUGGAAAUUAGGAUAUAAGGCUGAAAGGAGCUGCUACUGACAGCCUCGUUUCCAGUUUUUCUUUCUUUCUUUUUCUUUUUGUUGAUUUUGUCACUAAGGCUUUUUCCUUAGUUGUCUUUGCAAAGUGAGUGGCAUGGCCUCUCAGUGACUUCCCCGAGCGACCUGGAGGAUCAAAGCCAGGUGUGGUGGAGGCGAGGAAACAGCUUUUAAUUUAGCUAACACUCGGGAAACCAAGGACUGUCCUCCUCGUUUUGGAAUUUUACUCGGCAGGAUCGUCGCGAUUUCCUCGAGCACCUGAAGGUCCCGGGACUUUGUGGGUUGCUAUUCAUUGUGAAGAUACUGCACACUGUAAUUGGGACGGAAAAAAACGUUUCUCUUGGAGAACUGAAUACGGGGGAAAAAAUGCCUAUUUUUCCUAAAAUAUCUUUGAGGCCUGAGGUUGAAAACUAUCUUAAGGAGAACUUUAUGAAUGAGGAGUUUUUAAAAUUUUUGCAGUAUUGUUGACUAAAUCCAGCUCUUUAAAAAGAAUUUAUGAAAUCGUCUGCCUAAAUUGUAGAGGCAAUUUGGAUUCUUCUCCCUCGGUCUCCGAUUGCAGGCAGCUGUUCUCAUUCUCAUAGGUAUGUUUGCUACUCUGCCAGUCUUUUUUGGAUGAUAUCUAUUUGUUAUAUUUAAUACUGCAUUAAAAAGCGGAUACCCUGGAGGAUCUUUGACAGUUUUAGCUGUUUCAAGUAAACAAGAUGCACAAAGAAAAUUUGAAGCUCUGUUAAAUCACCUGUCACAUCCUCCAUCAUUCACAUCUGUCAGAGUAAAUACACAUUUAGCCUCAGUACAACAUGUAAAAAGUCUGUUAGUAGAUGAACUUAAGAAGAAAGAAUAUAAAAAGACAGCAGUAUGAAGCCAUCGUUGGAGCCCAAUGUGGUAAUGCAGUAUUAAGAGGAGCUCAUGUCUAUGUUCCAGGAAUCAUGUCAGCUUCAAAAUUUAUGAAAGCUGGAGAUGUUAUUUCUGUGUACUCCGAUAUUAAAGGGAAAUGUAAGAAAGGAGCCAAAGAAUUUGAUGGAACAAAAGUAUUUAUUGGAAAUGGGAUUUCUGAACUAAGCCGCAAAGAAAUCUUCAGUGGGCUACCUGAAAUGAAAGGUAUAGGCAUAAGAAUGACAGAACCAAUAUAUCUCAGCCCUUCCUUUGACAAUGUACUGCCCAGUUACUUAUUUUUACAGAAUUUGCCGUCUGCUGUAGUAACUCAUGUUUUAAAUCCUCAACCUGGAGAGAAGAUUCUAGAUUUGUGUGCAGCUCCUGGAGGCAAAACAACACAUAUAGCAACACUAAUGCAUGAUCAGGGAGAAGUAAUAGCACUAGACAAAAUAUCCAACAAAAUAGAAAAAAUCAAGCAGAAUGCUUCAUUAUUUGGAUUGAACUCCAUCAAGGCAUAUUGCUUUGAUGGAACAAAGGCACUUAAACUUGAUAUGAUUGAGAACAUAGAAGGAGCACCUCCAUUCUUACCAGAAUCUUUUGACCGAAUUCUCCUUGAUGCACCUUGUAGUGGAAUGGGACAGAGACCAAACAUGGCUUGUACUUGGACUUUAAAGGAAAUAACAUCGUAUCAACCGCUACAGCGAAAACUCUUUUCUGUGGCGGUUCAGUUGUUGAAGCCAGGGGGUGUGCUAGUUUAUAGCACAUGCACUAUAACAUUGGCAGAAAAUGAAGAACAAGUUGCCUGGGCCCUCAAAAUGUUUCCUUGCCUUCAGCUUCAACCCCAGGAACCACAGAUUGGAGGAGAAGGAAUGGUUGGAGCUGGCCUAUCACUUGAACAAUUGAAACAGCUGCAGCGAUUUGAUCCAUCUGUUGUGCCAUUACCGGACACUGACAUUGAUUCUCUCAGAGAUGCCAGAAUAGAAGACAUGAUUUGGCUGGCAAAUAAGGAUUGUAUAGGAUUUUUUAUUGCAAAAUUUCAAAAAUGCAAAAGCACAUUGGAAAAGGAUCCACCGAAAUGAAAAUUCCAAACAUUUGCUGCUGUUGGGUAUUUUUUUUUCCCCCUUAGAUUGUUGUCAAGCCAACUGAAUGAUGUCCUGGUAGCUAUGGUAACAGAGAAAGCUGCCAGCAGUUUAACCAGAGAUCUGAGAAAGAAAAAGUAUGUGUGUUGGGGGAGGGGAGGCUGAAAUUAAAUUCUUGAGUUUAUGAAAUAAUUUUUUCUCUGUAUAUUCAGUAGAAUAUAAAUAAAAGGAGCUAUGGAUAUCUGGAACAUUUUCAUGUAGGGUCUUAAUUUAUAAAGAAUACUAGUUAUAUUUAGUAUGAAAAAAGUGGAUCAAACCAGUGGAAUAAAAUUAGCAAUGUUUAAUGUGGUUAUUUAAAAAGUUGUUUUCUGUUCCCAGGUCCUAAGUAGUUGUUUCCUUAAGAAUUCAGGGCCUGGGACAUACAACAUUUACCGUGUGCCAAGAACCAAGGGAAGUAUUUUAUCUUACUUUUUCUGCUUAUUAUUUGGUAAAUCCUCUUUUAAAUGAAGUUUGGCCUUUUCUAAAUGAUAGUUUUUAAACAAAAAAGUAAAAUGAGUGUUUUCUUUGUGGGUAAAAUAAAUGAGAACAUUUCACAUUCUGGGUACCUUUAUCAUCUGUUGGACCACAUUGUACAAGUUUUUAGAAAGUGCUUGGUAAGAAUGAGAAAACCAUUUUCUGACAACUGGUUGUCACAGCUGGAUCUUGUUCUACUGAACAUAACCAGUUUCACAGGAAACAGUCUCAGACAACUAUGUUUCUGAUCAAGACAAAAAAAGACCACUUCCUAUAAAACUUGAAUUCAUGCAAAAAACAAGAUCACCAUUCAAACUGCAUAAAUGACCAAACAUAGUUCUGUGGUGGCCAGAGCAUCUACUUCUUUAAAAAAAAAAAAGGCUUGCUUCAUUCUACCCAGGUGUUUUUGUGUGUGUUUUGGGGGAUAGGGUGCUGGGGAUUGAACCCAGGGCCUGGUGCAUGCAGGGCAAGCACUGUACUACAGAAUUAUAUCCCUCUACCCGGUUUUUAGGUAAACUCUAAAAAUACUCAAGACCCAACCAGAGUUUAAAGGUUGUCUUAUGUGUUAAAUACAUCAGACUAUUUUGUUAGCUUUCAUUCAAAUCACUCAAAUGUUACUGGGCCUUGGGUAUAAGAAAGGAACUACUGGAAACAAUUCCCUAAUAUUUGAUUCUUUUUUUUCCCCUCAUCAGUUCCUUUAGGAAUUUCUCAAAACUACUUAUUGUAUCCAUAAUGAUUGCAAGGUCUCUUGGAUCAGGAGCAAAAAUAAGGAGCCAGCAGAUGAAUGCUUUUCUAGUUACCUUUGGCAGCAAGCUUCCUCACCUUCCCUGACUUCUCAAUGGAUUAUUAAAGCAACAUAUAGCACGAUUAAGUACAAAGCCAGGUGAGAAUUCUAGAUAGCAGACUUUAGUUUCUUCGUUAGUUUUCAGCAUCUCAAACAUCUCAAUCACUCGUGCACAUUCUUACGUACAGACACAUGCACACAGCGGGUUCCGGCUCAUAUACUCCAGUGCCGUGACUAGCUCCUAAGUAUGUGUUUGUCACAAUCUGGGUGAACUGUAUGGAGUAGAACAAUCUCUGGAGUUUGGUUAUAUUUACCAUAAUUUAUGAUUAAAAUUAUAAACUUACAAGGAUGGUAGAACAUUCAGAAAUCAAACCUUUUUAAGUCAAGCAAUCACACAUAUUUACAUUAUAUACAGACUUUUUUUUAGAAUGGGGAGAGGUGUCUAGACAACAUUAUUACAAAUUUCCUGAAUGUGGGCAUUUCUGAUCCCUGUAAUUCAUAAAGCAAAUCUGCUGACUUGGCAUUAAGACUCUAAAAUAGUGUGAUCAAACUGAUAUGUAUAUAUUAUAUAUAAUAAGGUGUUUGCAGAAAUAACAUUUACAAACUGUCUAUACAGUACACAGUACUAGUACAUAGAAAAUAGAAUCUAACUUUAUGAUCCCCUUUGUAUAAGGCAAGACUGAAUCUGUCCCCAAAUUUAGUCAGCCAGAGGUACAAGCAAGAAACAGUGGUCCAUGAAUGAAUGAAUAUGCCCAUCAGGUAUCUGGGUAUUAAAAAUCUGGAGAACCAAGAAAUUCCACUUUUUAAUCUGUGCUGAAUCUGGCUUGCUGGAUGUACAUCAACUACAUUUCUUAAAACACCAACGUUGUCUGGACGGCAAAAGAUUUUGUUCAUGUGGCAGCUACCUCAAACAGGUUUUGAAGAGUCUAGUAUAUAACCAGAGAACUGCUGUACCAGGCCAGUUUAUAUAGCACUUCCAAAAGAAAAUAAUGGAUAUUAAUACUCUAUUUCAUGCUAUUGCUAUUUAAGCAACAGCAAUACAAAAUAUACAAGACAGAUCACAUGUGAUUGCAAUGUAGACCCCAAAGAUUGUUUGAGGGGACUUGAGGGAGGGGGAGACAAAGGGCAAAAGUCAUUGGCGGAUGUAAACAUCCCUAUUCCACUCCCCGACAUCAUUCCGCUUUUUGGAUAUUACUUCUCCAUCCUUGUCACAGUAGCGAUCCUUGGAUUUAUGACGGCUUCGUUGUUUGUUGCACUCAUUGUGGUCCUGCUCUCGGUCUGUGUCCCUCGAACGGUGCCGAGACUCCCUGUGUCUGUGGUCACUGCUCCCAUGGGUCUCAUCUCUGUGGUUAUGGUCACGAUGUGGGGCAUAGUGGUCCACAUGUUCAUGGGAAUAAUCUUCCUUUGGCUCCACAUAGGCAGAGUCUCGACUCUCCUGGGUUUCAGAGUCAAAAGUCUCUUGCCUGGAGAGCCCUCGACUCGUACCACUGCGAUGGUUAUGGUGUGUGGCAGAGGAGGAGGAGCGAUGCUGGGAUUUCUUGACUGGUUCCAAACAAGGUUCUUCUUCAGCUUGGGAAGCAGAACGGGCAGGAGCUGAGCGAUCAGUCCUCUGAUCACCUUGAGAACCCUGGCAGUGAAGGGAACAUGCAGACAUUAACCAAGGUAUUUUGGUCACAGUACUAAAAACUCCUUGGGCAGUUAAGAGUAGACAACUGGCUCCCUGUGAUCAGAAGCGAAUAAUAAACCAACCCCAAAGAGACCCGUCUUACAAAUCAACUAUGAGGCUGCAGUCUUGUAGUUGAUAUUUAAGUGCUGUUAUGGAACUUACAUUCUUACAGAAGAGGCAGAGAAUGGAGAGAAGCAAACAGAUAUCUGAUGUCAGGUCAUGAUAAGUGCCGCUGGAAAUGCAGAAUAGUGAGGAUGAAGAUGCUGUGAAAGGUUUAAUUAAAUGUUCAGAGAUGAUCUUUCAGAAAAUCUUUUGCUUCAAACGAAAUGGCCAUGCCUGGCACUGGAACAUCAUCUUCAUGGGCUGCACUAUAGCUGACAUUUGUCCGAACUGCAAAUGCAACGGGUUUUGUCUAAGGAA